AUGGCUGCCGAAUCCGUCCAUAAAAUUACACUUGCCCCACCGAAACCUGUUUCUCCAUUUAUCCGCACUGCACGUUGGGGUCUUCUUUUUACUGGAAUGCUCUACGGCGCGCUUCGCCUCAAGUACCUUCAAGCCCGUGAAGUCGGCAUCCAGAAGAAGAACAAAGCUAUAUUAGCCAAGAGGAAAGCAGAGUAUGACCAAUGGAUGGAAUAUCAGGCCGAACAAUCUAUGAAACAACUCCUCAGAGAAAGCGGGAUGGAGUGA